CAAAAGCAGCCUUUCUCUUCUACCAACAAUUCUCCAUCUCGCUUAGUUCCCGGUGCAAAAUCGUCAUUUCAUGGAGGCUGCCGGAAAACCUAAGAAGGGCGCCGCCGGAAGGAAGAUUGGCGGCACGAAUAAGAAGUCCGUCACCCGCUCCGCCAGAGCCGGCCUCCAGUUCCCCGUCGGCAGAAUCGGCCGUUUCCUGAAGAAAGGCCGUUACGCCCAGCGUAUCGGAUCCGGAGCCCCGGUUUACUUGGCCGCCGUUCUCGAGUAUUUAGCUGCUGAGGUGUUGGAAUUGGCUGGAAAUGCGGCGAGAGACAAUAAGAAGAGCAGGAUUAUACCGAGGCAUCUGCUGUUGGCUGUGAGGAACGAUGAGGAGCUGGGGAAGUUGUUGCAGGGUGUGACGAUUGCUCACGGUGGCGUGCUGCCGCAGAUCAACCCGGUGCUGCUGCCGAAGAAGACCGGCGGCGAUAAGCCGAUCAAGGAGCCGAAGUCGCCGGCUGCUAAGUCCCCGAAGAAAGCCGCGGCUUAGUUUGUUCUAGAAUUUGGGGUUAUUUGGUUUUUCUUUUUAUUUGUAUGGAGUUUUUGGGCUUAAAAAAACUGUAGGUUGUAAUUACGCAGUUCUGGUGAUUAAACCUUAUAUGUAGUAUGAAUUUAGUGAAUCGAAUCAAUUUCUUCUCUUA